GUUCAAGACCAAGUGUCACACAUAUCUCCUAUUCAAUUUUGGUUUGGCCGAAACAAUAGUUAGCCAAUCAUCAUCAUUGACCCCUUUUUAGCUACAAUCCAAAGGGGGAGAGACGGAACGGGAUGAUCUCUGAAUACUUGCAGAAAAAUACGCGGUUGAAUUGAUCGUUGAGGAGUAUAUAAAGCGUCUCCAUUUUUGUUUUCUUCUUUAUUCUUUACCAUGGUUUCUUGUACAUUAUUGUUUUUUAUCAGCCUUUUUUGCUCUAUCAGUUAUGCUUUACCUGUCUCAGGUAUCAAUUCACCAUCACAGCCUCAAAUUGUGUUUUAUACUCAAAAGACACAAUGGUUUGACAAGAAGGAUUAUUGGUACGAUUCUCAAGAGUAUGGUGUUUACUCCAGUGUGAUUGAAUACUAUCAAAAUCUGGUCGACACAGCACUCAAUUCUCAAAGUGAAGAGCUCUUAUUGAAUUUGAUUCACAUGCCAACAGAUGCCAAAUAUCAACUCUUGGAUACACAAGCAAAGUUGUUGGGUAUUGAACAAUCGCUUUCAGAGAAACAACUGCUCAAGAUACCUGCUAUGAUUGGGAAGCAUGUUCAGGCAAUGAAUACCAAAGUAUGCGAGUCUGUUGAACCCACCAUUCAACGUUAUUGGAAAACCUUGUGGACUAUUCCAAACAAUGAGCUAUUGGAAGACAAACAAGACCAAAUAAUCAGUCUCUUGUCUUCUUUGAAUGGUAUGAUGGCCUCAAGAUUAAUAGACCGGAUGGACAACUACAUGUUUAUUGAUCGAGUCAAACAGGACGUGGUUGAUAUGGUAGCAAGCUAUAGCCCAGUUCCAUGUAAGCAAAUAACAAAGACACGGUUUUCAUGGUUCUUUGAUUGGGUUCCAUUGUUCUCUGAAUGUGACCGUAUGUUGAUUACAAAGCAACUCAAAAACUCGGAUAUGGAAUUGGAUUUUUUGAGACAACAUCUUUCUGAAUUGAAGACAAAUUUAUUGAUGAAACUUCAUAUUCAAUUCAUAGAUUUUUAUGCUCGUAUUCAAACUGAUAUUAUUGAUCAAUUAGCUGAUUAUUAUGAUGAAUAAUAUCACUUAUUUUUCUCUUCUUUUUUGUAUAGUUCAGUAUUUAGAUAUUAAUAAUAAAACAAGCGUUGUAUAUAUACUAAAA